AUGCUUCAUCUGGACAAGAUAAUUGAGGAUGUGUGUAAGUGCAAGAUCAUUCCCGAAAACGAUAUUCAGGAGCUUUGUUUUCUUGCGCAGGAACUUCUGAUUCAGGAGUCUAACAUCCAAUUGAUUGACCCUCCAAUCACCAUAUGUGGGGAUAUCCAUGGCCAAUUGCACGAUCUACUUCGGCUGUUUCGCAUAGCCAAAGAGCCGCCCACUACAAAAUACCUGUUUCUAGGAGACUUUGUUGAUCGAGGGUUCUACUCUUUGGAGACGUUUUUGUUGUUAUUAUGCUACAAGAUACGAUAUCCCGAUAGAAUAUACUUGAUCAGGGGCAACCACGAAUCGCGUCAGAUCACCAGUGUUUACGGGUUCUACGACGAAUGUAUGCGCAAAUACGGGUCGGCGAACGUGUGGCGGUACUGUUGCGACGUGUUUGACUAUCUUUCGUUGGGGGCUUACAUUAUGAGUGGAACCAACAGUGACGGGGGAGUUUUGUGUGUUCAUGGCGGACUGAGUCCUGCCAUCGAGACGAUCGACGAAAUCAGUCUUAUAGACCGCAAACAAGAGGUUCCGCACGACGGUCUGAUGUGCGAUCUGUUGUGGUCAGACCCGGAAGAAAACAUACCUGCCUGGGCAGUUUCUCCGCGCGGAGCCGGGUAUUUAUUUGGAUACACCGAGGCAGAACGGUUCUUGUUCAAAAACAACCUCAGUUUGAUCGCUAGAGCGCACCAGCUGGUCAUGGAGGGCUAUAAAGAGGUCUUUGACGGGGGUCUUGUGACUGUUUGGUCUGCUCCAAAUUACUGUUAUCGAUGUGGUAACGUGGCGGCCGUCUUGUCGCUCGACGAUAACCUCAACAGGAACUACACGGUGUUCGAUAGCAUUCUGCAAGAUUGCUCAGAGAUUCCGUCGAAAAAACCGGUCGCAGACUACUUUCUCUGA